AUAUUAAUGGGGUCAACAAUGUAUGAAACAUCACAAUAUCACAAGAAGACUUGUACUAAACAAAUUGAUACAUCAUUUGGGAAUAUGUUAUUAUUUGGUGCUGGCUCUGAUCUUAUAAAAAAUGAACUUGGUGCUUAUGGAGAAAAAGUUUUAGGUUCAAGUUCUGCGUAUGUUCAAAGCAAUAUUGGGAGAUACAUUUCCAAUCCUCAGUACUAUUUUCAAGUGAAUGAAAGUUAUGUGAAAAAUAAAUUAAAGGUGAUUUUGUUCCCAUUUCUUCACAAGGGACAUUGGAUGAGAACUGGACAUAUGGCUAGAGGAGAAUUUUCAUUUAAACCACCAAUUUAUGAUAUAAAUGCACCUGAUUUGUAUAUCCCUAUGAUGGCUUUUGGUACUUAUUUGGUUCUUGCUGGCUAUUUUUUGGGCAUUACUACCAAGUUUAGUCCAGAAGCAUUAGGUGUGCAAUUCACAACAGGACUACUUUGUUGGCUCUUGCAAAUCCUCUUACUUGAAGCCACAUUACACUCUUUAGGAAGUGGAGAAGUGCCACUUCUUGAUAUUGUUGCUUAUAGUGGCUAUAUUUUUGUGAAUGCAUCAAUUAUAUUGCUAUGUAGGGUAAUUUGGGAUUAUGCAUUUUAUAUUGUAACAAUUUUUGAAUGUUUUUGUGUGGGGGUAUUCUUGAUAAAGACCAUGAAGAGGAUUUUAAUUGGUGAAGUAAGAACCUUUGAGAAGCAUUCAACAAAGAGGAAUUACCUUUUGCUUCUCAUGGCUUUGUCUCAAAUUCCCUUGCUUUUUUGGUUGGGAAAUGUUGGUGUUGGAGCUAAGUGAGUGCACUCCGAGGCACAGAGUCAGAAUUUGAUAUUUAAGAAUUCGAGGCACAGAGUCAAAAAUUUAAAAUUUAAGGAUUCUAUACUACGAGUUCUGUUAGUCAAAUAGAAUUGUCCCAUCAUAAUUAGUAUUAAUUAAUUAACAAAUUCUCAACGUUGUAUUGA